UCUGCCCAUACUUUACAAGCGUCCCUCAAUUUCAAUUCUACGGUAACUCUUCGAAAAAAGAAAAAGGAAAAGAGGCUUGUCUCCUGAUCCUACCAAGCAAUCACUGAAGCUCAAAUCCUCCUCUAAUUCUACCGGUAAAGACUAUCAUCUCGCCAAUCUCCUCGCAGAGAAGAAAAAAAAUGGUGGUAUCAUCGACGGCUACAGACUCCAGCGAGAAUGUGCAGUCGACAUUCGCGUCCAGAUAUGUGCGCACAUCGCUUCCCAGGUUCAAGAUGCCGGAGCAGUCGAUCCCAAAGGAAGCGGCGUAUCAGAUCAUCAGCGACGAGCUGAUGCUGGACGGGAACCCGAGGCUGAACCUGGCCUCCUUUGUGACCACAUGGAUGGAGCCGGAGUGCGAUAAGCUCAUCAUGGACGCCAUCAACAAGAACUACGUCGACAUGGACGAGUAUCCCGUCACCACUGAGCUUCAGAAUCGAUGUGUAAAUAUGAUAGCCCACCUCUUCCAUGCCCCAAUAGGAGAGGAAGAAAUAGCCAUUGGAGUGGGAACAAUAGGGUCCUCAGAGGCAAUAAUGCUGGCAGGACUAGCCUUCAAGAGGAAGUGGCAGAACAAGAGGAAAGCUGAGGGAAAACCCUACGAUAAGCCAAACAUUGUUACUGGUGCCAAUGUGCAGGUUUGCUGGGAGAAAUUUGCAAGGUACUUUGAGGUGGAACUGAAAGAGGUGAAGCUAAGGGAAGGCUUCUAUGUGAUGGACCCAGUGAAAGCAGUAGAGAUGGUUGAUGAGAAUACCAUAUGUGUGGCAGCAAUAUUGGGCUCGACACUUACAGGGGAGUUUGAAGAUGUCAAAUUUUUGAAUGAUCUCCUUACUAAGAAGAAUAAGGAAACUGGUUGGGAUACUCCGAUCCAUGUUGAUGCUGCUAGUGGUGGAUUCAUAGCUCCAUUCUUAUACCCGGAACUUGAGUGGGAUUUCAGACUGCCACUGGUUAAGAGUAUCAAUGUCAGUGGGCACAAGUAUGGCCUUGUCUAUGCUGGUGUGGGAUGGGUUGUUUGGAGGACUAAAGAUGAUUUGCCAGAAGAGCUUAUCUUCCACAUAAAUUAUCUUGGGGCUGAUCAACCCACUUUUACUCUCAACUUCUCGAAAGGCUCCAGUCAAAUAAUUGCUCAAUAUUAUCAGUUAAUCCGUUUGGGGUUUGAGGGUUACAAGAACGUUAUGGAAAAUUGCAUGGAGAAUGCGAAGGUGUUGAGGGAAGGGAUAGAAAAGAUGGGUCGGUUUGAUGUGGUCUCCAAGGAUGUGGGUGUACCACUAGUUGCCUUUGCUCUUAAAGAUUGCAGCAAGCACACGGUCUUUGAAAUAUCAGAAAGUUUGAGAAGGUUUGGAUGGAUCGUCCCAGCAUACACAAUGCCUCCUGAUGCACAACACAUUGCUGUCCUCCGAGUGGUGAUUAGAGAGGAUUUCGGUAGAAGCCUUGCGGUGCGGCUAAUUGCUGAUAUAGAGAAGGUUUUGAAGGAGUUAGACUCUUUGCCAAGCAGGGUGCAGCCUCGAGUUGAAACAAAAGAUGGCAAUGGAGGUGGACAUGCAAAUAAAAAGAGUGAGAGAGAGAUGCAAGAGGAGAUAACGACUUAUUGGAGGAAUCUGGUGACUGGCAAAAAGACCAACGGAGUUUGCUAAACUUGUCUCUUUCAUCUAAAACAGACCAAGAGUUUGUCUUGUACUCCCCAUAUGGUUUAAAUAAUUUGUAUUAUGUGAAGUUGUAAGUAUAAUUGCUAAAUAUUGUUACUUGGGCUUGGAGAAUUUUACUUGCUUUUGACAGAUUACCUUUUGCACCGGAUAUGGUCCAUAUAAGAAAUACCUCAAAAACCUUAUAGUUUAUAAUGUAUUUGGGGCUUUUUGAAUCUGGGUUUAUGUUUUAACAAGCUUUGUCUAUUCCAUACUUAAAGAGUGACUACAAUUCUCUGUUGAGAAAAUGUUCAUCAUUAAUUGAACCUGGUUGAGAUGUAAUCAUUCAUUUUUUUGGA